CAGAAGAGAAACUUAAACAGGUGAUAGUGAGAGCUGAAAUGGAGCAGAGAAUAGUCCGACUAGACCAAGGUAACUUCUCCUGCUCCAUUUGUUUGGAUCUAUUGAAGGAUCCAGUGACUAUUCCCUGCGGACACAGCUACUGUAUGAACUGUAUUAAAGACCACUGGGAUGGAAAAGAUCAGGGGAGUAUCUGCAGCUGCCCUCAGUGCAGGAAAGAGUUCCAACCAAAGCCUGACUUGGAAAAAAGUGUCAUAUUAGCUGAGUUAGUUAAGGAUAUACAAAAGAGUGGACUCCAAGUUGUUUCCGCUGAUCACUGCUAUGCUGGACCUGAAGAUGUGGCCUGUGAUGUCUGCACUGGUAGGAAGAGGAAAGCUGUCAAGUCCUGCUUAUCCUGCCCUGCUUCCUACUGCAGGGAUCACCUCCAACCUCACUAUGAUGCUCCACCAUUAAAGAGACACAAACUAACGAAACCUUCAGAAGAACUUCAGCAAAACAUCUGCUCUCGUCAUGAUGAGGUGAUGAAGAUCUUCUGUCGUACUGAUCAGCAGUGUAUCUGUUAUCUCUGCACCAUGGAUGAACAUAAAGGCCAUGAAACAGUCCCAGCUGCAGCAGAAAGGACUGAGAAGCAGAAGGAGCUCCAGGAGAGACGACAACAAAUCCAGCAGAGAAUCCAGGAGCAGGAGGAAGAUGUGAAGCUGCUUCAACAGGAGGUGGAGGCCAUCAAUGGCUCUGCUGAUAAAGCAGUGGAGGACAGUGAGAAGAUCUUCACUGAUCUGAUCCGUCUCCUCCAGAAAAGAAGCUCUGAUGUGAAGCAGCAGAUCAGAUCCCAGCAGGAAACUGAAGUGAGUCGAGUCAAAGAGCUUCAGAAGAAGCUGGAGCAGGAGAUCACUGAGCUGAAGAGGAAAGAUGCUGAGCUGGAGAAGCUCUCAAUCACAGAGGAUCACAACCAGUUUCUCCAGAACUACCCCUCACUGUCAGCACUCAGUGAGUCUACACACUCAUCCAGCAUCAAUAUUCGUCCUCUGAGAUACUUUGAGGAUGUGACAGCAGCUGUGUCAGAGCUCAGAGAGAAACUACAGGACAUCCUGAGGGACACAUGGACAAACAUCUCAGUGGCAAUAACUGAUGUGGACGUUCUACUGUCAGAACCAAAAUCAGAACCAGAAAUCAGAGCUGGAUUCUUGAAAUAUGCUAAAGAAAUCACAAUAGAUCCAGACAGAGCAAGCAGAAAUCUAUUUUUAUCUGAGGGGAACAGAAAAGCAACAUUUGUGAUCAGACAACAGCUACCUUCCUCUCAUCCAAGUGCAGUUCCUGUUUAUUUUCAGGCUCUGAGUAGACAGCGUCUGGCUGGACGCUGUUACUGGGAGGUGGAGUGGAGAGGAAGUGCUAUACGGUUAGGAGUAUCAUCCAAUAACAGCUCAGAUGAGUUUUUAUUUGGCUCAAACAGUCAUUCCUGGGCAUUGCGUUGUGGUGAAAAUAGUUGUAAAUUUAUCCACAAUGAUGUGAGAUGUCCCAUAUCAAGUCCAGUUUCCUCCAGAAUAGGAGUGUAUCUGGAUCACAGAGCAGGUAUUCUGUCUUUCUACAGCGUCUCUGAAACACUGACUCUCCUCCACAGAGUCCACACCACAUUCACUCAGCCUCUAUAUGCUGGAGUUACUGUGUAUCGUGGAUCCUCUGUGAAGUUCCUUAAACUUAAUGAGUUUUAACUUAUUUGAGGUUCACUUGAUAAAACUGUGUUUUAGUUCUCUUCUGUCAUUUCUUUUGUUUUAUUAUUGAAAGCUUGUGUGCUGCACAUUAUUUUCAGGACAUCUCAGCAUGUACAAAAAUUACGUUUCUGUAAUUCCUGCAAAAACUGACCUGCUGUGAAAAUGUGUUUUAAUAAAUAAAAAACUGUAUAAAGUACUAAAAACUGACCAGAGAUAGAACAUCACCCAGGAAAAUGUUCAGGUUGAAAUGACGAAAUGAUUUCAUGAAUAAGAAAUAAUAUAAUAAUGUAAAUACUCCGUAUAAAUUCCAUGUGACUUGC